AUGCCUGGCAAGUACGACGAUGGAGAGAGCCGCCUAAACGAGUACGAAGUGAUAAAAAAGAUUGGGAAUGGAAGGUUUGGAGAGGUGUUCCUAGUAAAACACAAAAGGACGCAGGAGUUCUUCUGCUGGAAGGCCAUAUCCUAUAGGGGGUUGAAAGAGAGGGAGAAGUCUCAACUAGUAAUUGAAGUGAAUGUGAUGAGGGAGCUAAAGCAUAAGAACAUUGUCCGGUACAUAGACCGCUUCCUAAAUAAAGCCAAUCAAAAAUUAUACAUCCUAAUGGAGUUCUGCGACGCAGGGGAUUUGUCUCGAAACAUACAGAAGUGUUAUAAAAUGUUUGGGAAGAUAGAAGAGCAUGCGAUUGUAGAUAUAACGAGGCAGCUACUGCACGCCUUAGCCUAUUGCCACAAUUUGAAGGAUGGACCCAAUGGGGAGAGAGUGUUGCAUAGAGAUUUGAAGCCACAAAAUAUUUUUCUAUCAACUGGGAUUAGGCACAUUGGAAAGAUAACAGCUCAAGCGAACAAUCUAAAUGGAAGGCCAAUUGCCAAGAUAGGCGAUUUUGGGCUUAGUAAAAAUAUUGGCAUAGAAAGUAUGGCUCACUCAUGUGUAGGUACCCCCUACUAUUGGUCUCCAGAAUUGCUCCUACAUGAAACGAAGAGCUAUGAUGACAAGAGUGACAUGUGGGCCCUGGGUUGCAUCAUCUAUGAGCUUUGCUCGGGAAAAACUCCCUUUCAUAAGGCCAAUAACUUUUCGCAACUCAUUUCCGAGUUGAAGAGGGGCCCAGAAUUGCCCAUCAAGGGGAAGUCCAAGGAGCUCAACAUUUUGAUCAAAAAUUUGCUCAGCUUGUCUGCGAAGGAGCGGCCCAGCGCGCUGCAGUGCCUGGGCUAUCAGAUCAUAAAGAACGUGGGCCCCCCGGUGGGAGCGGCGGGUGUGGGAGCAGGCGUAGGUGCCGCCCCCGGCGCCGUCGCGCGGAGAAACCCGUCCAAGGAACACCCCACCCUGCAGCUAGCCGCCAUGGAAAAGGCCAAACACGCGGAAGCGGCCAAUUAUGGCCUUUCCCCUAACACCCUGAUGAACCAGCGGAAUGAGGAGCAGCGGGGGAGGAGAAGCUCCAGCUGCGCCAGCAGGCAGAGCGCCAACAACGUUACGAAUAUUACGAGCAUUACGAGUGUUACGAGUGUUGCGAGUGUUGCCAGUGUUGCGAGUGUUCCUAGCAAGGAUGAGAGGAAGUACCCCCAGGAGGGGGCCACCCACUGUCACGCGGUUAAUGGGCACUACGGCGGCCGCGUAGACAAGGGCCACGCGGAGAGGGCCCGCAUCGAAAAGGAGAGCGCGCAAAGGAAGGCCCUGGAGAUGAAGAUCCUGGAGAAGAAGCGGCUCGAGCGGGAGAGGGUGGAAAGGGAGCGCGUGGAGCGGGAGCGCAUGGAGCGAAUCGAAAGAGAGCGCUUGGAACGGGAGCGGCUGGAAAGAGAGCGGUUGGAAAGAGAGCGGUUGGAACGGGAUCGCUUGGACCGCCUCGAACGGGACCGCCUCGAGCGAGACCGGUUGGAGAAGGCGCGGCGCAGCUCGUACUUCCUCAAAGGCAUGGAGAAUGGGCCCAGCGGAGGAGGCGGACCGGGCGACGGACCCGGCGUGGGUGCCGGCGUGGGUGCCGGCGUGGGUACCAGCGACGGCAGGAGUCACAGCGGUGUGCGCAGCGGCAUACACAGCAGUGCGAGGAGCGGCGUGCAUGAGAGUGUGCGUAGUGGUGUGCAUGAUAGUGUACGUAGUGGUGUGCACGACAGUAUGCGAAGCGGGGUGCACGAGAGUUUACGAAGCGGGGUGCAUGACAGUAUACGAAGCGGCGCGCAUGACGGCGUACGAAGCAGCGCGCAUGAUGGCGUACGCAGCGGGAGAGCUCGGCCGCCCAACCAAGGCACGCACGGCGGAAACUUCUCCCGAGGGAAAGACUCAAGUGACCAUGUAAGUACCUACAAGCCAUACGCAUAUGACAGUAGAAAAGCAAAGAACUACCAAGACACAUUUGAUAGAAGCGACAUGCAUGGCUAUAUGAAGAACAGCUCCGUAAGCACGACGGUACCCUCAAGCCAAAUGAUGCAUACACAAGGGAACACCCCAAUGAAUGUGAAUUGUAAGUACCUGGGGGGAGAGGCCUACGGAGGGUACAGCAGCCAUGCAGCCACUGGGCCAUACAUCACCAAUUCGGUGGAGAGCACAAAGUAUCGGGACCAUAGCAGGUACAGCGGCGGGUUGGCCAAGAACGCAAAGGAGAUGUACAAGGAGGCGGUGAACUCGGUUUGCUCCGCAGAGGCGCACUACGAACGGGUGUAUAAUCAUGGUAGCAGGGGGGGGCCUGCUCGAACGGGAAGUGGGAGAGGCGGUGACGGGGGGAGAAGCAUUGACGGGGGGAGAAGCAUUGACGGGGGGAGAAGCAUUGACGGGGGAAGAGGCGGUGACGAGCGGGACGGCGGGACCUGCAAGAGCAACAGGGUGUCCAACGUGUACUUCAACGACAACGCCAGGAGGAGCGUCAGCGCGCUGCCUCACAUGAAUGCCAUCAACGCGAAGAAGGCUAGCCUGUACAAUAACACCUGCGAUGAAGGCACGCUCAGUAAGAAGGGAGGCGAAGUUGAUAGGAGCUACCAGCACCUGGAGAAGGACCGGGAGUACCUCCUGGAGAAGCGCAAGAUGCUCGUGGAGAAGGAGAAGGGCAUCUACGACCGGCUGCGCCACAACAACGACUACGCCUACGCGCCUGCGCGCGGCUUCGACCGAAGCAAGGACAAGCCGAACGAGCUGGACAGGCGAAACAGAAGCCUCUCCAUGUGCAUGAACGAGCAAGAGAAGCGAAGGGACUCCGCCACGUACAACGCGAAGAAGGAGUACCACGAGGAGCAGGAGAGGGCAGAACCCGCCAGCAGCUACACCGUGCAAAAGAGGAACAUGUACGGCAUGAAGAACUUCGCGCACAACGGCCCGGACGCCUACACGUGCAGGUAG